AUGCUUCGUUGCACCCCCUCUGCGCUCUUCAAGUCGCUUGCCGUGUGGGGCGGCGGCACGAUGGGCAGCGGUAUCGCGCAGAUCACAGCUCAGGCGGCUGUCCCGGUGACUGUGGUGGAGGUCUCGCAGGCGCGGCUGGACGCGUCGCGGAAGGCAAUCGAGACGUCCUUGCUGCGCAUCGCCAACAAGAAGUGCGACGGGGAUCAGGAAAAGAUGAAGGCAUUCGUGGACACGGUGCUUUCUCACGUCACGUUCACGACGGACGAGGCUGCGGCUGCUGGCGACGCGGAUCUGAUCAUCGAGGCGAUUGUGGAGAACAUCGGCGCAAAGAAGGAGCUCUUCGGCCGCCUGGACAAAAUGGCGCCGAAGUCGACGGUGUUCUGCUCGAACACGUCGUCUCUGAGCAUCACGGAGAUGGCGUCUGCGACGACACGAAAGGAUCGAUUCGCCGGCUUGCACUUCUUCUCGCCGGUGCCGAUGAUGAAACUGCUCGAGGUGGUGCGCACAGAGGAGGUGAGUCCAGCCAUCAUCGAGCAGCUGACCGCCUUCGGCAAAAGGGUGGGGAAGAUUCCUGUUGUUGCGAAGGACACGGAGGGCUUCAUCGUGAACCGCCUUCUCGUGCCCUAUCAAAUGGAGGCGUGCAGACUGGUGGAGCGUGGCGUCGCGACCUUCCAGGAUGUGGACACUGCUAUGAAGUUCGGCUGCGGCUACCCGAUGGGACCGUUUGAACUCUGUGACAGCGUUGGCAUCGACGUUAUCAAGUUCAUUGUCGACGGCUGGCAUGCACAGUACCCCAACGAGCCGCUCUUCAAGCCCUCGCCCCUAAUCAACGAACGGGUUGCCGCUGGCAAGCUGGGUAAGAAGACUGGCGAGGGCUACUACAAGUACGACAGCAAGGGCCGCAAAAUCGAAUCCUGA